UUGACUACACCGCAUCCCAUGAUUGUGACUCUGGAAAGAUCGAAUUCCCAGUAGUUGAUGCCUCUCCUUAUUCAGCAUAGUGUACAAGAAUAAUCGAAAUAACGGUGACAUUCGAUCGCCCGCGGUCUUGCAGCGCCGCCUGAUAAUUCAAACUAAUGGUUAAUGGUUAAUAUGCUGCGUUGCAGAACCUAGUGUUCAGUGUGCGUUCCCUAACGAGCAUCAUCUUUGGGUUCCAGCUUUUGGGCCGCGAUGAUGGAAGAAUUACGAUACGAUAAUAAAUAAGACGAGCAGCAGCAAACAUUAGUUUUGAGAAAAAAUAUGCGAGCCAAAAAGGACUUUAUCCUUCGUCGCUUUACGAUAAAUUUGUUGCAACCUCACUAGCUACCACAGCAAAAAGAGGUGGACGAGUGUUUUCAAAAUAUCAUUGUAUUGCUCCCAGAUUAGAUAAUAGAUGGUCUUUUGAUUUGCUUUCUUAUUUUUUUUGGAACUGCCGAAAAGAAACAGAAAAAUAUAAAUAAACUGUGUGGACCUUAAGUAUGGUGUGGAAUUAUGUGCCAGAUUUUUCGGGUGGCCCAUCGUAGGACCUUCAAUUCUUCACCUCCUGAUGUGAACUGAUUGUUGUUGCGGACUGUGACCAUUGUUGAUAUGGAAUGCAAAAUAAAAUGGAAAAUCGUUUGUCAAGUGUAUCUUAUGUAAGCUAUAAGCGUCCUGGAGGUGAGGUUUAUGGACAUCUCUGGGGUUUAUCCUUUGUCUCUUUAUGUUCAUUUAUGUUAUCCAACUGUCCUAUGUUCGAAUGAAGCACAUAAACGUAAAUGGCAGCAGCGAGUAGCUUAGUUUUAUUUGGCCUUUUUGAUUAGUUUUGCUGAACACAUUGGUAAUGGUAAUAAAAAUAAAAUCCUCGCAACCAUGUUGCGCAGUGUGUGUCUGUUGAUGUAUCGAACAGCAAUAAACAAAUGACUAAUAACGAUCGAUCAUCUUUAAUCCGUUGUAUAGCGUGAACAUGAUCUGCAAGAAUGUGUUUUUUAGUGUUACUAUGCGUCACGAAACGUAUUUUGACGAUCAUUCUGAUCGAAAGUGCACGAGCGAAGCGCUCUUGGAGCUUUUGUGGUACCUUUUUUCCCCCGUGGACAAACGCAACAAUUGCCAAACAGAAACUGUAUGUCAUUUAACACUGUUAAAUACUGAUCUCGAUUCCUCGAUACGGAAUAUUUUACACAUUUUCUCAAACCAAACUUGCAACCACGGCAUGGCAUGACUUAAAUGCUGCAUGUGGUUGUUCAAUGGAUUCACUACCAGUGGAAAUAGUACUUGGGCAUAUUCGAUCUCAUAGGGUAGUUAGCUUGUAGUCAUAACGACGAUAUCGAUGGUUUUACUUGUCGAUUGAACACUACGCAAUAACCGUUCCAUUCAGAGACUGGGUAGAUUAAGAGUUGAGAGAGAUGAUACUAGUUUUCUUUUUUAUCAGUUUGUUUCUUUGGCGUUUACUACCAUAAAGACUGUACCUUACUAGUGUAAUCCAAGGCGCAUAGUGGCUGCCAGUCGUGCGGCAUUAGGAUGUUCAUUCAAUGCAACAGGAACGAAACAAUGUACAAACAACUAGCUAUAAGCAAACAGAUUAAGCAUGAAGGCAAGUUCUGUGUUAAGGGGAAAGAUACUAUACUAUAAGACACUAGAGUGGUAAUAGCAUAGUGAUGGAGCGCUCGAAGACGGUCAUGUUUGUAAAUCAAUUGAUAGAAAAUAAAAAGAACAUUCACUACGGAAUGCCAAUAU